UUUGUCCGCAAACAUCUUCAGCCAAGAUCUUGACAGUUCUCGGGGUACGUCGACCUCAUGCACUCAGGGAUAACCUGGAGACUGUCCUGCGCACCAUGGACACGGCGACAGCUACGUCUCAACUGCAGCUGUCAGAUCCAUUGGCCCGGCGUGCAGAAAUUUCGGACUCGCCCUCUGUUUGUUCAUUUUGCCAACGGAGAUUCACUCGCAGAGAUGCUCUCAAGCGCCACUGGGGAAUUUGCAAAGUCCGCCUCGAAAAUGGGUCAGAUAUACCACUUCUGCCUGCUCGUAGACCCAGAUUGAAGAAGCCAAGGGCCUGCAGUCGCUGCGUCCGAUUGAAGCGCGCUUGCGAUCGCAGUGUUCCUUGCAGUACAUGCAGUAUACGGAACUACGAGUGCUCUUACGAGCGGGCAGCUAGUUCCAAGACAUCAGCAGUUUCAGAAGAUUCGUCACAAGCAGAGACGAAUGGUGUAUACCAACAAGAGAUAUCCGAUGGUGUUGUUAAAGCAGCUGACGCAAUGCCUGUCGUCUUGGCUGAGGUCAUUGACUACUCACUAGAGUGGCUUCGAUGUGAGUCCCUACCAUUUCCAGUCCUCAACUUCGAUGUCUGGAAUGAUAUCCGCAGAAGUAACCUGCAUCUUGGACCCUGUUUCGAUCAGACAGUUCCAGGACAAAAGUUAACUGUACCGUUUCUAAAACGAUUUACCGAGUCAUCCGGCAUCGCUGAUGGUUUCGACUGCGGUACCUUAGCUCAAAGACGCCAGUUGAACAACACCCUCAACGACUCUUCUUGUCAAGAUUUGACCGCUAAAACAGGUGAGAUCUUGGGCAUAAUAAAGAGAACUCUGACUCGAACGCGAUCAUGUUCCCAUGCCAGCAUAGAAUGGUCUCCCAUCGUGGAAAAGGCUUGUCUCGACUUCUUUUCACCCGGCAAUCUCCACAGGUUCCUACUUCUCUUCUGGUCCGGCUGGUAUCCUAAUAGUCCCAUAAUUCACAAACCAACCUUCAACUCCGAAGCUGAGCCCCCAGGACUGAUUGCAUCGAUGGCUGUUCUGGGAGCGUGUUUAUCUCCGGACUCUAAUGACUGUGUACGUGCAAUGGCAUGGCUUACUCCCGUUGAGGAAGUAGUCUUUGCCGACAAUAUCCUAUAUGACGAUUCUAUCAUUGCGUCUUCAGACCUUGUUGGGGAUGAGGCAGUAGUGUGGGAUAAGCUGAAGGCGUUGCAUGCUGCGUACUUUCUAUGUAUUGCGCAGAAUUGGGAGGGGUCGAAAGAGGGGAGACAGCGUGUUCGAAAGGAUCGCUACAGUCGCAUUGUCUCGAUCGCUAGAUCAUUUGGUCUCUACAACUUGAGCCUGGCGAAGCUGGAUACUACGUUCUCUACUCAACAGAAAUGGGCCAGGUUUAUACUCCUUGAAAGCAUGAUUCGGACGGCAACUUAUAUCUAUCUUCUUGACUCGGCGUUUGUUCUGUACUAUAGACUGCCGCCGAGGGUAAUAUCGCUUGAGCUCAAUACUGGACUGGUUUGUCCUGAGGUGUGCUUCCAGGCAGAAUCAGCCGCGGAAUGCUUCCUACAACUGCACAUGGCUACCAUGGGAAAGCAAAACCAAUCCAGGCUAACAGUAUCGUCUGCUGUUCGACUUUUAUGCUCACCUCACAGCUUAGACCCGAGCAUUUUUCACAACCUCAGUUCCUUCAACAUGUUUACAAUUAUCUCGGCUCUUUGUUGUCUGGUAUUCCAAUACCAGACCACUCUGGUGGACGUGUCACAGGUAACGCCAGCAGCCACUGGCUUAAGUCAGUGGAAAUGGUUGUGGCAACGAGGAGGCCAUGUAGUGGUCGAUUCCGACGGCUACUCCGUUGAAAAUAUGUGGAAACGUGUCGGGUUCAUGCAACAUGCCAACGAAUAUUAUCAUCUUGCUUGCGCAAUGCUUGAGCGAUGGAAGCUUACCGAGAGACAAAUUGGCGAUACCUUGGCUGCCUGGGCAGCGCCGCUUGGGUCAGUACAGGGUAACCCAAAGUAUGAUGAUGGGGAGAUGGUCCAGGUCAAGGCUCUCAUUCAUGAUAUGGAAAAUAUGACCUAUUAAUUGACUUGUUGUAUUUGAAGACUUGUUUCGUUAUUUGCUGCAGAAAGAUUGUUGUCUUUGGAGAGCCCACAAUGGAAUCUCUUCAUCCUCUCGAC